AUGAGAGGUAAUGGCUUGGCUUGGUCUAGGUUGCUCUGGGGGCUCGUUUGGCUUGGAGUCGUGGUGUUGGCGUUCGCGAACCGAGCCACGGGGCAGCGUUAUCCCCAGAGCACGUGGAUCCUUGAAGAGCGAAAUCUACUUACACUGCGUCAGACCACACCACUGGAGCCAGUGCUGGGAAACAGCACUGCUGUACCCAGUGCGCGUGCAUCGGUGACGGCGAGCGCGUCGCUCAACCCGAACGCAACGCUGCUCUCGGUGCGACCCAGCGUUUCGGAGACGGGAACGCCAUCGCCGUCAACAACCACAGCGACUCCAACGAGUACGGUGCUGCCGUCACCGCUGCCGUCGCCUAGCACAACGGCGACGAGCUCGCCGAGCCCGACGCCCAUGGCAAGCAGCGGGCCCGCUGCAACCCCGAGUUUCCCGAGCCCGUCACCAGAUACCGGUGUGGUGAACCUGCUGGCGAACUCGGGCAACGUCAGUCUAUCAUUGUAUGAGAACAGAACGUUUCAGGAGGCGUUCGCACAAACGCUCGUGUCCAACCUGCAGAGCCAGUGCGUGCGGUGUCAGAACGCUUCAGCUAUUCAAUUAACCAUGUUCAGGUACACAUCUGGUUACUUUCGCCUGAAUCACUCCAACAGCUCCCGAAACAACACCUCGGAUACCAGUGGCAAUGGAGGCAACGGGCCGGUAACGGCACCGGUGCUGACCAACCGUCGACGCCGCAUGCUUCAAACCUGGCAAUGGCUCACUGGGAAGCGCUCGACCUCGCCUCCCGUGCAGAACAUCGCUGGGUCUGUCGUUGGACGUGCCAGCAGCACCGCUGGAUCCGGCACAAGCGACGGAACCGAUGUUGCAGUGGCGUUGCAGGUGGCGGCGGACCCAGCGGAUAUACCCACGGUUGAGAAUCGAACCUCGUCGGGGCUCCUGACGGCGGUGCUCGCUACCAGUUCGAAUAUCACCAAUGCCUCGAUGCAGGUCGUCGCUCGCACCGCAGCGUUCGGUGAGGGUGCCGAGGACCCGUUCAAGGGCUCCGGGCUCGGUAGCGUCCACAGCGGGGCGGUGUCCACAGGUGCCAUUGUGGGUGCAGUGAUCGGCUCUGUGGCUGGCGUCCUGCUGGCGAUGAUCUUCGCCUUCAUGCUUUGGAGACGGUGCCGACGCCAAGCGGCGAAGCAAGAGGCACUCCGCACCAAGGAGGCUGCCGAGGCAGCUGCCCGCAAGUAUCGCGAGCAACAGUCCGCUAUGGCUGCUGCUGCCGCCGCUGCACAGCGCCUCUCGAGCGGCUCUGGUCGACCGAUUCCACCAACAUUACCGCAAGACCAGUCCGCUGGUGGAGACGCCGCAUCACGUGCUCGCUAUGCUGGCGUUGUGACGCUGCGGGAGCUCGCUCGAACGCGUAUUCUCCAAGGCAUGAUGCGCAUCGUGCAAGCUGCCGAGGCGGAGUCGAACGCUGCGUCUGCCGCACUCAUUCGUAGCGAUAACCAACGCAAACUGGUAUUUUUGAUCGUUGCAGAUCGACGUGCGCUAGCGGUAUUGUCGGCAGCGUGUCGCUUGACAGACCUCAUCCAAGAGGGUGCCUUCGUGGUGGAGUCGCUCGAGAGUGAGCGUGAGCCAUUGCCGCGCAUGUCGGCGGUGUAUUUUGUAGCGCCGGAGCUAGCUUCAUUCGAUCGCCUUGUUGCCGACUUCCCGGAUACGCAAACCGCAGCACAUCCAUCAGACGGGGCCGGUCAGCGCCUCGCUGACGCUGGUCCAGGGACGAGCGUCAGCCGCACGGCGCCAAGGAGCGCUGGGUCCGGCCCCGAGAGCGGCGCUGCGGGGCGUCUGGCGGCGAGUCCCGCGAACGCGCGUACACCACGGGCUCGCUGGGGUUCGGGCGCUGCACCCGGGCCACCCGGCGCUACCACGACAGCUUCGGGGCCACGCUAUCGAGCGGCACAUGUGUUCACCACGGCUCGCGUGCCAGAUGCGCUGUUGGACCUUCUGCGGCAGUCGUCGUGUCUGGUCCAGCGGCUCUUGACGUUUACGGAGCUCAACCUGGACUUUAUGGCUAUCGAGGAGCGCAUCUUCUCCCUGGACUAUCCGAAUGCACUGGAGAUGCUAUUCGCCCCGGGCAGUGCCGCAGGUCACGAUGAUGAUCAUGAUGGUGCUGCGCUUCCAGGCUGGGCAUCUGCCUGGGAUGCACGCCCAGCAGCGUUGCAGCCGCCCCCAGGCGCCUGUUCGGAUAUGGUCCAGCGUAUUGCCCAGAACCUGCUGACGCUCUGCCACCUUCUGGGCGAGGUGCCAACGAUUCGCUACCAACGAAGCGAAAGCGGCGUUGCGCAGAGCAUCGCUGAGGCGCUCCUCGACGCCAUCCGAGACUACGAGGCCAAUGUACCCGGCGGGAUGCGUGGUGCGCAGCUGGAAGCGGCUGCCGUCGAGCAGAACGCCAGCACCGCAGCAGCUCCCAGCGAGGACAAGUCCUCUGCUGGUACCAGCACCAAUACCAUGCUGCUGAUUCUGGACCGUUCUGUGGAUAUGGUGGCUCCCUUUCUCCACGAAUAUACGUACCAGGCGAUGUGCAACGAUCUGCUAGCAGCGGAUGCGCUGGAUAGCGGCACCACGCGCUAUACCUACGUGGUGCGUGAAGGCGACUCCACCGCCAGCACCACCCGGGAAGCCUUUCUGGACGAGUACGCUGACCAGACCUGGGCCCGUCUUCGUCAUCUGCAUAUCGCGGACGCUAUCAGCGAGAUCAGCGAGGAGCUGCAGGGAACUACAGUGCGUUCAUUGGGCGCCGCGCUGCAGGGCGCCUCCGCUGCUCGAAACGCGCCCCCGGAGAGCACUGCCAUGCCCUAUGAACAGAUGCAGAAACUGAGCAAAUACGCGGUGCACAUGGAUAUCCUAGAUUGUCUGAUGCAUCGUUUCAAUGAUCGGUAUCUUCAGCGUACCUCGCUUUGUGAACAGGAUCUCGCGUGUGGUCUAGUGGAUUGUCACGGGAACCUGCUCUCGUCGACAGAGGCAGCACAGCGGAUUUCGUUGAUCCUCCAGGAUGCGCAUGUGCCGCUGGAGGACAAGGUGCGCUUGUUGGCAAUCGUGCUGGUCACCAUGGAUAUGAGUGCACGUGAUGUCGACGAUCUCCUGGAGACCAUGGAGGAUGUGGGUCUAGGGCGAGAACUCGUGUCGGCGUUGCUACGUGCACGCCUGGGUGUGCAUCUCGCCAAGGAGCCUGGUGAGUGCCAAGCGCUUGCGGAGCGUGCGCUGCGCUACUUUCGCGCAAGUCGUGGCGAAUCCUACGAUCUAUCUCGCUAUGUUCCGUUCCUGCGGGAAAUCCUUGAAGCUAUUGCGCGUGAUCGUCUCUCGCGGAGUCGGUUUCCGAUCCUCUUCAGUGCAGAGCGGGAGUCGGCAGGUCGCCAGCCCCCAGACGACGCGUUGACGCGAGGCCGCUCACGCUCGCUCUCGCGGGAGCGAGACGUUGCCGGUCGGGUACCUACGCGGAACCGCGCAGCCUCGGUACGCAGACGACGCUCAUCAUCGGUCGUGCGUCGUCGCUCUGACUCUGCCGAUGACCUGGAGCGCGGUUCAGGGCGAGAGCUCUCCAGUGCCAGCGAAGACGAAGCCGCUACCCUGAAUGGAACCGAGCGGAUUAGUGAUAGCAAACGACCUCGUCGACGGGUGGUCGUCUUUAUUGCUGGUGGCAUGUGCGCGUCUGAGAUGCGAGUUAGCUACGAGGUAUCGGCGGAGUUGCCGCUGAAUGUGUACCUUGGAGCGACGCAUGUGUUGACGCCUACUCGGAUGCUUGAGGCACUGCGAGGCCUGAAUCGCACGCUGUACGCUGGCGAGAUGCAACGAGAACGUCGACCAGUGAGUGCUUCAGAGCAGCGUCGUGGUGCACGUUCGACACCUGCGGUAUGGCCACCACCGGGCGAGCCGAGUACCAGCGGCAACCUGCGACUGGGUACCGGGCUUGCCUCUGAAGCUGCCACCGCGUUUGAUAGUGCCGCAACUCCUUAUCCCUCGAAUGACGGCUUUGCACCGCGCAGGCGUCGUUCAAGUAGUCUUUCGCGCUUUUUCAGCCGUCGGUCAUAG